UUCAUUCGUCAAGGACGAUCACCCAGUUACAGUCAGACAGUUACCUUCACAGCGCCACAAAAUCACCAAUAUUUUGAAGCUGAAAGCCAAAACAAAUUACCCUAAAAAAUGUCUCCUGAUUCCAAGCUCUCUCUGCUCUGCCGUCUAGUCGACAACCUGCCGGAACCGGAAACAACAAAAACGAAGGAGAGGGAUCUUCUAAUUUCUCUCUCUCAGAUUUUGAAAGUAAUUCAGACUUGGAUUCGAGAACUUGAUAAAGAGACUGAAAGUAAGAAGAAAUGUUAUGGUGAGUCGGUGCUGCAUCAUGAGGAGCACAGCUGUUUGAUUAAGAUAGUAACUGACUUGAUGCUUCUUCUUACAGUUGAGAGUCAAUAUGUACAACAUUCGGUGGGCAACGUUCUUGUAGUCUUUUCUGAGUUUGUGGCUUUGUCUGGAAGUGGGUGGGAUUCUUUUAUUCAUUCAUUAAGCACUUGUCUUGAAUUGGCGAUUGCCAAUGUGUUCUUGUGUUCUUGGGAACCAUCAAGAACUGGAGUUGAGGAUUCAAAUUGUGAUUUUUCAAGUUAUGAAGUCUUAAAAUCUAGUUUGAAAGGUGGUGACUGGUCUCCAGCAGCAGGGAUUGUUCGAGUUUUGAGAAAUAUAUUGAAACAUUUGAAGCAAGAGUGUGAUGAUCAACUUCUUGAAGUGUAUUUGGGUUCUGUCAGUUCCUUUCUUUCAAAUGUGCCUUGGGAGUCCAUGGAUGAGAUUCAUGUUGAUCAGAGUUGCGACGCUUGGGAUGGUGAUCCUCAGAGUUGCUGUUCUAAGGAUGCUUCAGUUUUCAGAAGUUUUGGUGCAAAAGAGCCAAAAGUUCUGUUUCUAGGGAUUUUUAUCCAGUUCCUUUGCUCUUUGGUUGAGCAAAGUAGUGCUGUGGAAACUGAGGUUGGUUCCCAAGUUCAGUAUCCAGUUCUCUCCAUGGUCAUCAGUCUUGUUCCCAAACUUGCAUGCUGGUGCCUUUGCAAGAAAGGGAAGAGUGUGAAGCUGUCAGUCUCUCAAUACUUCAGACACAAAUUGUUGAUGCUAAUGCUGAGAAUUAGUUACGUAACCUGUCUAGGUUGCUCUACUCUAAUUUUAUGGUUGCAACUUCUUCAUGAGUACUUCGAAGAGCUUUUGCAGAAACCCAUAAGCAAACUCGAGGCUGGUCAGGAUGAAUGUCUAGAAGGCUCUCCUUUUUUAUUAGGUCUUUCUAAUGGAGAACUUGAUGGCAUGCAUUCCUUUCAUUUGCAGAGGCAGACUCUGCUCCUUUUUCUAAGAUGUUGUUUCAGUCUGAUGAGUUUAACAGGAGAGACAAGCAAGCAAUGUGUGACUUCAAAGACAAUUCUCAAGUCUUGCUUGACUGUUGCCUCAGUCUCAGAUCUUGAUUAUUGUAGUAGAAAUAAAGGUUUACUGGAGCUUUAUAAUUGGCUGCAAGGGCAUCUUCCAGAUGAUAUAUUAGUUGAUCAUGAAAGGUAUCUGGAAAAGUGCAUGGGCUUUUCCUUAUCUUUCCUCCAGUUAUAUAUGCAUGAGGAUGAUGUAUUAUUUAUGGUCCUUUUGCAACUGCUGAGUGUGCCUUUCUGUUCUGAGCAAUGGUUAAAUGGAGAAAAGCAGAUAUCUCAAUAUCUGAAAGAUGCUACUCAUCAUGUUUCAAACCUCUUUAAUCCUGUGCACCUUUUCCAUCUAUUCCUUGCUGAGUUGCAUUAUGACCACCAAGUGCUACUUGAUUACCUUAUUUCUAAAGAUGUUGGAAUCAGUUGUGCUGAAUAUCUUUUAAGGUGUUUGCGUAUGGUACACAAUUCAUGGAACGUAUUUGCCACAUUUUCUAUGGAUUGGAAAGUUGUAAAUCAAUCAUGUUGCAAGAAGAGAAGACUUCUGUUGGAUGUCUCUGAUUUUCAGGGAGAGUUGUCAUCUAUACCUGUGCAAUGCAUUUCUCAAUCACUUGAGGAAGAAGAUGAGAAAGAGUUUGAAUAUACCUGUGAAAACCACCAAAACAAAAGACAGCCAUUCAAGGAAGCCAAAGAUUGUUUGAUUUCCUUAAAAGCUUCUGUGGAAAGUCUUCAUCAAAAGAAUUUGUUUCCAUAUAAUCCACUAGUGCUCCUGAAACGGUGUGUUUUCUCCUUAACUGUUAUCUGUUACAUCAUUUAUAUUUUCAUCACAGCAGGAUUGACCUUAACGUAGUUUGUUUAUUGAACUGAGCCUUUGACAUAGUUUAUUGUUUUCUUUUCAACAUUCUUCCAAUAAUCUGGAAAAGUAAUUAUGUGCUGUAUGUCUUUUCAUUUGCUCAAGUCAUGCCCUUUUAAAUGAUCAACUGUUGAUAAAAACCAAGCAUUAAACAACAUUUGAAAUAGUAUAUUUGAUUCAAAUUUUAUAUGAUGUCCUCAAGGGGACCCAGAAACUUGCUGAGAAAACCACUGUAUUUCCAACUAUAUACCUUAAUGAUUGACUUCUUGAUGCAGACAGAUUCAUCAUAUAUGCUAGUUAUGGAAUUUUGUGAUUUAUGUAGUAAUAUAAAAAUUUGUAAGAGUCUACAUGAGACAUCUAUACAUAUGAGUUUAAGACUCCUGGACAUGAAUUAACCCUGAGUGAGUAUUCAUAUGCUCCUCAUUUAAUAAAAAUAUACAUAGAUAAAUUGACAUUAUAUUGGUUGCUCUCUAC